AUGUUUGCAUUCGGCGGAAGCAGCUCUCUCCUGGCUGGGAGACACGAUUCGACCAAGGAGCGGCCCCCACCGGAGCUGCCCACGCCCGUGAAGUUUCCAAACUUUCAGCCCCCAGUCCGCAAGCCCGCAGCAUGGACGAAGGACGGCGAUCCUCCUGCCUUGUUGCAGCAGUUUGCACGGAUCAAGAAGCCCUCUGAUAUCACCAUUGACCAGUUCCUCGGCCUGAACGUCUCCCUGGAACCCGAGACCAGCAUUGGGGACUUGCUGUCCGUCCUUCCCGGGGUGGCCUCGUACGCGGUUCCGCAGGAAUGGACUGAACUCCCCGCCGAUGGAGCCCCUGUCCAGGCCCCGGCGCAGCAGGGAGAAGGCCCAAAACGCCUCUUGAGCAAUGGCAGGCCGUUCCCUGGCCGGGAGGAUUUCGCCAUCCGCCUCAAGGAGCUGGUGCUCGACAACCACGAUGCCUUCUCCGUCCUGACGCGCAUUUCGCACGACAAGGAAAAGAAACCGCCGCGUCUGGCCCACUACCGGAAGUUCUGGGAGGGCCUCGACAACAUGGCGUACUACUGGGAUACGAGCUUGGACGAGUACAUCCCUCCCAAGCCCGAAGACCAGCCCAAGCAGACGGACGCCGCCGACGCGUCCGAGACCGCCGAGGACAGGAAGACGUCAGACGUUGUCGAAUCCGAGGAAGCUACGCGGCUCGAGGCUACCCACAUAGACGAGUCCGUAGCCCGCAAGAAAGCCAAAACCGCACCAACCACCUCGGCCGAAACGGCUCCCAGCAGCGGCACCGCCGCCGCCGCCGCCUCCGACCAGAGCCAACCCAUCAACCUGGCCCAACGUCCCGCCCCCACGCCGGCCAAGCUCGACGUCACCAACCCGCCCAGAGUGCCCAACGGCAACAGCGCCGCUAGUAACAACAACAAGCCCGCCGGCAUGUACAAGGGCCUCCGCAUCGGCACGGGCAGCGGCAUGCCGGACGGCUACCGCAUCGACACGGUGCGCUCCUUCGUCGAGCCGGUGGCGUGGUGCUUCGGGAUGAACAUCGCGCCGCACCGCCGGCCGCCCGCGCUGCAGAUGCGCAACCUGCGCGUGCCCGUGCGCGUCACCGCCGCCGUCUGGCGCAGCAGCACCGACCGCUUGAAGGCGCGCCAGAACUUCGUCCACGGGCCCGCCGCCGGGCUGCGCGUCGCCGACUACGUCGACUUUGGCGGUGGUGGUGGUGGUGGUGACGGUCAGCAAGAAGCUCUGCUGGAUGUCAUGCGUGAGGUCGGCUCGCUGCUGCAUAUUGCGCAGGAGCGGGCGCGCGAAGGCCGCACCGAGACGAAGCCUGGUGCGGGGAAGUGGUGGACGGCUGUUCCGAGAUGGGGAGGCGGCAAGGGCGGCGAGGUCGGCGAGGCGCGCGGGGAAGACAGCGGCGAGGGCGCCGCGCCCAAGCCUGAGAAGGAAGAGAGGCCCAUCCGCAGCAGCAGGAGGCCGGCGAGGAAGAAGACGGCGGCUGAGGUCUGGGCGGAGCUCAAGCCUGGGGCUGGGUACUGGGAUCCGAAGGUGGAGUAUGAGGCCAUUGGGAAGGACAGGAGCUCGGAAUGGGAUGAUGUCUUUACCGUGUCCUCGGUAAACACGCACAUAGCCCUGCUCCAUUUGCGUGUCCAUCCGGCGUACAUUUCAUGGAUUGAGACGGGCGAGCUGCCAUCUCCGCUUCCGGCCGAUGAGAAUUGGUGUCGACCGGUACUCCGGCGCACGCGCUGGUAUGAUCUUUUCCAUACGGAAGACCGCAUCGAGGCUACGAGGGGUUUGUGGAUGCUCUUCGGAUGGUUGGCCCGUCCGCAGGAGGAGCCAGAAAAGACAAACGGGGUCAAGGAAGGCGAGGACGUCGUCAUGAAAGAUGCGUGA